CUACUAAGCUUCCAUUAAGAUCUUAUUUCCAUUUAUAUAUAGAUCCCUUAAAUAUAUAUUUUCUCCCUUCAAAUUAUUUAUUACUAUAAUUAUUUUUAAAACCUUAGAGACUACAAUGUCUAAACGUGCUCGAGUUAACCGCAAUGAUAGCUUUGAUCAGCCCAAUUACCCUAACCAAAAUAUUUCGUCUACAGAUAACCCUAACAAAUUUCUUAAGCCUUCUUCUAGUUUUACCAACAAUACUGCUACUACUGCUACUACUGCUAGUGCUGCUGUCGCCACACCGGCGAGCUUUUCUUCAUUUGGAAUGACUAGUAAUGUUGGUGGUAUUCCGAAUGAGUGCUUCUUCUGCAAGAAGAACUUCAAAAAAGAAAAUCACACCUAUAUUUACAGGUCCCUUGCAUUCUGCACAGAGGAGUGUCGUGAAGUUCAGAUUUCUUUUGAUCAAAAUAUGAAGAAGACAAGAAUGGAGGCUGCAAACAAAAAGGGGUACAAUUAAUUGAUUACUGGCUCAUGUGAAGAAGGAGUAACAUAUUAUAUAAAUAUAUAUAGGGGUCAUGAGUUUGUGAUAGGAGUAAUAUAUUAUAUAAAUACAUAUAUAUAUAGGGGUCAUGAGUUUGUACUUUGUGUACCGUGGCUUAUAGGUUUUAUAUCAUAUCUAAAAGACUCAUCUAAAAACUAUUAUCUAUAGUUGAAAUUAACGGGUCUAUCCUGUAUUAUUAGUAUUAUGU